AUGGUGCAACAAAGUGGCGGUCACGUCUCUGCCCUGGACUUUCCCCAAGUCUGGCAAAAGCCAUGCUUUGAAGAACUCAUGGCAUGUCUCAAAAGCCUACACAUAGAGCCGCCAGUCUGGGGUCCUCAAGCCUCGACUCGAGUCAUCCUAGAGAACCAAGAGAACAAUGCUCGCUUCCGCAAGGAGGUUGCCGGAUAUCUUUCCAGCAUCAUCAAGAGCGACUUGAGAUGGCUCGGCGACAGUGACGACGAGAGAGAGGCCAUCUGGGACGAGGCUAGCCGGCGACUUUCGGAGCGCUGCGGACGCGCGGGUAUGGGCGAGAUCACGCGCCGGUGGCCCUUUACCAGCGGUGAUAGUGCCACCUACCCGGAUUUUGAACUCAUUAUCCGUGAGCCGUCCAUUACUGGCGACUGUUUGGGCUUCAAGACGUGGGGGUCGUCGUAUUUUCUCGCGGGCCUCCUGGACCAGAUUGCUGCGCGGUCGCUGUCACAUCUGCUCCCGGCGGAAGCUGAAGGGACCUCCUCGUCGUCUUUCCCGGAUGUCCUCGAGCUCGGAUCCGGGACUGGGCUCUGCGGCAUGGCCGCCGCCGCCAUUUGGAAGACUCGCGUUACCCUGAGUGAUUUGCCAGAGAUUGUGCCCAAUCUGUCUCAUAACAUUGAGACCAACCGCCAAAUGAUUGAGUCGCUCGGUGGCACCGUUGAGGCGGGUGCUCUGACCUGGGGCGGUGAACCUGAGGACGACGAUGAGCUCUUCUCGAAUAGAAAUCAGUUCAAGAUCUUACUGGCUGCCGACCCCAUCUACGACGAUGACCACCCAGCCCUCCUGGCCUCUGCCGUGCGCGACCACCUGUCGCGAGACGCCAACGCCAGAGUCGUCGCCAUGGUUCCGCUGCGAGACAACAUCACGAGGCGUCUGCUCCAGGAUUUUAAAGACAAGUUGGCCAAGGAUGACGACUGGCCUCUCACGUGCUUGGAAGAGCACUCUCUAAUGGGCCAGGAUGACUGGGGCGACGACGAUGACGAAAAGACGCACAUUGAGUGCUGGUGGGGCGUCUUUGGCAGCAGCGCGGCGAGGUAA